AUGGAGCGAGCGAGCGUGGGGGUCUACGGGGAGCUGCUGGCAAUAGAAGAAGACAAAAGUUUGUCUUUUGAAGAAAAAGAAAAAAAGUCUUUAAACCCUCGACAGAGACUUCGGCAGAUCCAGAGGCCCUUCGUGCUGCAGCAGCUGCCCCUCGUCUACAGGGCCCACCUCCUCAUGGGCCUGCCUGGGCCUCCUUCUUACACACACCUAAACCCUUUGCUGCCAGCAGAUGCCCAAGAACCCCCCGAGGCCCCGGGGCCCUUUGUGGGGCCCCCGAGGCCCCUUAGCUGCUGCUGGAAGUCCCCAGUGGCUGAUUUCCCAGUAGUUCCCUUUUACUCGAACCCUCAGCAGCAGCAGCAGCAGCAGCAGCAGCAGCUGCAGCAGCAGCUGCAGCAGGUGCCAUUUGUGCGGGGCCACCGACCCCCGCUGCAGGCCCCAAAGCCGUCGGACCUGCCGCGGUCGCGCUGCGGCGCUGCAGCAGCAGCAGCAGCAGCAGCAGCAGCAAGCAUUGCAGCGCAGCAGCACCUCCCGCCCCCUCCCCCAGAACUCCCGCAGCAGCAGCAGCCCACUGAGGCCAUUGUGUGGGACAUGCGGGUCAGAAAGUGGUGGCGGGGGGCCUUUUACAGGCAGCAGCACCGGCAGCUGCAGCAGCAAGAGCAGCAGCAGCAGCAAGAGCAGCAGCAGCAGCAAGAGCAGCAGCAGCAGCUCGCGAACGCAGCUGAAGCUCGAGAGGCACUCAGCGGCGAGCAGCAGCAACAGUCAACAAGCAGCAGCAACGCCGACGCCUCCGACAGCAGCCAGAGCAGCAGCAGCAGCAGCAGCAGCAGCAAGGAGACGCAAGGGGAGGAAGGCUGUGGGGCCCCACAAUCUCUAGCCGAGAAGCAGCAGAUUAUUUACGGCCGCAAAAUCGCCGAGGCAAUAAACUCUAACGAAGGCGCAACACACGAGUGGAAGUUUACGCAGCUGGGGGCGGGGCGGCGAGUGGGGGAGUUUGUGUUUGGACCUGACAAGUUGCUGCCAGCAAAAACGAAAAGCAAAAGAAGACUCGGAAGAGGAGACGGCAGCAGCAAAGGGGGCUCUGCGGGCCGCGGCUGCAAGCCAGCUAGCAGCUAG